AACAUAAAAAAAUGUUACAAAUUUGACCAUAAGAAGUGCACGAAUAUGGAUCCGAUCCGAUUUCAAUGACAUAAUCAUAAAUCCUAUCCGGAUCCACCAAAAUUCAAUCCGGGUUGAGGUGGGUUUGACCGGAUGAUGGAUUUGGAUCCGCACUUUGGCAAAUUUUAUAUCAAAUCUAAAUUUGUCUCUAGAAUAUGAUCCGGUUAUAAUCUAGUGGAUCGGAUAAUCCAAUCCAAUUUAGUCAAAAAUCCGGUUUCCAGAUUAGAUCAAAUCCAAAUCGGAUAUCCAUUGUUUAUAUAUGUAUACUUAUUUGCAUAAAAUAUACAAAGAUUUUUACUAUAUUUAUCGUAAUAUUUUUUUUACCGGAUGAAAAGUCAAAAACAUCUAAUUUAUUUCUCUUGGUUUAGAUUUGUAAAGAAUAUUUAUGUCUUCUGAAAUACGGAUCAAAAUGUUAAAUAACCUAAAUAUAAACAAUGAAAAUCCAAGUUUGUAUACGGUUUAUAAUUAAUCCGGUUCCGAAUCAAACCGAUUCUCAAUAUCGGGUUUGCUUUCCACUUCAUCCGCAAUGAACAGUUGAACACCCCUAAUUUAUCUUAAGCAUAAAAAAGAUUAUUCCUUGGAUUAAAGUUGAUCUCUCGUGGCGCCAAAACAUACUUUUCCACCUCCUUCAACAACGUCUCCCUGUUCAAAUCCUCAGUUUUAACCAAUCAAAACUUCAGGAUUUAACUCUUCAUAUACCUCUCCUCAACUCUCCGAUCGAUCAAAUCACCUUUCAUGAUUUCAUCACCAUAACUGAUCGCUGCUCAGAUCACUUUUUCUGGUCUCUUUCUGCUUCAAUUAUGGUGAUAUAGCAUCACUCUGUAAAGCAAUUUGUUGUUUUUAAGGAUCUGGGAAAUGUUUUUGAUCAUAUGAUAGAAGAGCUUAAUCCAAUGUGGCCAAAUUUAAAGACUAGGGAAGUUAGUUCUAGAUACAAAUCACCUACACCAAGGCGUUGUCCUUCUCCAAACACAACAAGAACAGCUACAACACCACAAGUAUCCACACCAAAUAGAGCUAUAUCUGCAGAAAGAAGACGACCCGGAACACCAAAAUUACCAUCAUACCCCUCCACCCCAAUCCAUGAUACAUCUAUCAAUAUGGAAGUGAUAACCAGAAAGGCAAUUCCUUCACCAAUGCGUAGUCUAAGUGUUUCUUUCCAAUCUGAUUCAUUUUCCAUGCCCACUAGUAAGAAAGAGAAGCCACCUCCUCAAGCUCUUUCUGAUCGAACCCUAAAGUCAUCAUCAAAUGUAUCACUUAAACCUUCUAGAAAGUCUACCCCUGAGAGGAAAAGAAGUCCACUCAAGGGUAAAAAUGUCAUCGACCAAUCGGAAAACUCCAAACCUUUAGAGAGUUUACAUUCUAAACUAGUGGAACAACAUCGGUGGCCUAGCAGAACAAGUUCUAAAUCUAAGCCUUUAGGAAAAUCCACAAGUGAUCCUGCGAGGGUAUUAUCGUCAUUUUCCGAUAAAGGAAAGUUGGAAUAUGACAAUCUACUAAGAAUGUCGAAUCUUGUUUCUUCAAGGUCUCAAUCUUUACCUGCUGUUACACCAAACAAGCCAUCUAUUUUGGCUUUGAAAAAUGUCAGUCCUUCUAGAAGGUCUUGUAGUCCUUUGAGACAACCCUGCAACUCAAAUAAAGCUUCUGUUCUCACAUUUAUUGCUGAUAUUAAAAAGGGAAAACGAGUUGUUGAUCAGAUAGAAGAUGCUCAUUAUCUGAGACUACUUCACAAUAGACAAAUUCAGUGGAGAUUUAUUAAUGCCACUUCAGAAGCUGGCUUCAACUCCCAGAAAUCAACUGCUAAGAAAUCUUUAUUUAAUGUGUGGAGAAGUACCUCAGAACUCCAUGAUUCAGUAGCUGCAAAGAGGAUUGAGCUCAAUCAAUUGAGACUGAAGCUAAAACUUUAUUCAGUUUUAAAUCAACAAAUGACUUACCUCAAUGAAUGGGCUUCAAUUGAAAAGGAGCACAAACUUGCUUUGUCUGGUGCUAAUGAAGAUCUAGAGUCAAGCACUCUUCGGGUCCCUGUAACUAGAGGUGCAAUGGUGGAUAUUGAAACUUUGGAGUCUUCUCUUUGUUCAGCUAUCCAAGUGAUGGAAACAAUUGGAUCUUCCAUACAGUCUACUCUAUCAAGGAUGGAGGGACCAAAUUGUCUGGUAUCUGAACUUGCUACUGUGGUAUCACAUGAAAGGGCUCUUCUUGAUGAAUGUGAAGUUUUAUCGACUUUUGUAGCUUCUUUACAGGCAAAGGAAUACAGCCUUAGGACACACCUAGUACAAUUGAAACAAAAUUGGACACCUUCAUAAGUCUAUAUCUUCCAUCAUGAUAACUUAAAUCUACCAAGGAAGAAAAAGUCUUGAAGAAAUUGGUAAAGUCAUGGAAAAUUGGUGAACAUGAGAUUUACACUUUUAUCAUGUGAAGAUAUCUCUUAUACCGAUACAUGUCUUGUGGCACAACUAACACAAUGAGUAUAUAGUUUUUUUUAGAAACGGAAAGAUGGAAUACAACAACCAAUGUUGCAAUCAAACUAAGAAAUAACGUGUAAAUAUUACGUGAAGAGUUUCGAUAUAUCAUAAUAUAUGUUCUAUAGAACGAUGAAUUUGGUGUAUGUUCUAGAUUUUUAUGGUUACUGCAAAAGAAUUAUUCUUCCAUCAA